GGGCGGCCCUAUGAGCAUGAUUUGUAACAUCACAACUAGUUUUGAAGCCGAUCCUGGUGCAAUAUUCAUCUUCCACAAGUGUGAUGUGGAAAUUGAAAGCCUCCAGUGCACAAACACUGAGAACGGAGUUCACAGAGAGCAUUGCGGAUGUCAAGGUCACAAUGAUGGAGCAGAAUAGAGAGACACUCUGAUCUGUGGCCAAUGCCGUCUGAGGGACUGUCUGGUUUUUAAGUCUGGCAUCGCAAGACCUGGAUCGUGGCAUUUUUGGCACAGGCCUGAGGGUAUGUUGAGACGUCUCGCCAAGCCAGAGCAGAGGCGUCUAGGUGGUUCAGACGGGGACUGAAGGCGAGGAGAAAAGACAGACAAGGGACCAGGUAGGAAGACAUGGGCCAGUGUGUCACCAAGUGCAAGAAUCCGACAUCCUCACUCGGCAGUAAGAGUGGAGACAAGGACAGCGGCUCCAAGUCUCACCACAAGAAAGGUGGCAGCACAGGCGGUGGUGGAGGCCACAAAGAGGAGCCCAGCGCCCCGUGUACCAAAGCCACCAGCGAGCUGUCAAAUGGCACCAAGGCCUUGGAGGUUACAGUGGAGACACCCGUCAUCCCUGCAGUGACGGGGGAACUGCGCAAGGAAGAGAGUCUGGAUGGAGACGGGCUGUCAAUGCUGCACAUCGAGGAGCUGUUCUGCUGCUACAAGGAUGAACAGGAAGAUGCCAUCUUGGAGGAAGGCAUGGAGAGGUUUUGCAAUGACCUGUGCGUGGACCCAGCAGAGUUUCGUGUGCUUGUUCUUGCCUGGAAGUUUCAAGCAGCCACCAUGUGCAAGUUUACAAGGAAGGAGUUUGUCGAGGGCUGCAAGGCCAUCCAAGCAGACAGCCUCGAAGGCAUCUGCUCACGUUUCUCCUUCAUGCUGCUGGAAGCCCAGGGUGAGGAGAACUUCAAGGACCUCUACCGCUUUACCUUCCAGUUUGGUCUGGACGCUGAGGAGGGCCAGCGCUCGCUGCAGCGAGAAAUCGCCAUCGCCCUGUGGCGCCUGGUUUUCACCCAGGACACACCUGGGAUCCUGGAGCACUGGCUGGACUUCCUGGCGGAGAACCCCUCAGGUAUUCGGGGCAUCUCAAGGGACACGUGGAACAUGUUCCUCAACUUCACCCAGGCUAUUGGGCCUGACCUGAGCAACUACAGCGAGGACGAGGCCUGGCCCAGCCUAUUCGACACCUUCGUGGAGUGGGAGUUGGAGCGCAGGAAAAGAGAGGAGGAACAGGCACUGACAGCAAAGGAGGAAGAGGGGAGGUGUACUGAGACAGAAUGUUCUCCCACCACAGACAGACUUGAAACAGAGGGAAGCCGCGGUUCACAGACGUGGGGGGGCCACUGACCAGGAAACGAGAAAUAUUUGUAAGAGAGGGAAGGAUAUGACCUAUAAGUGAACUGUACAUCUGUGAACCAUUGGAUGAAUAUUAGUAUUACCAUUACAGCUGUUCAUUUCUCUCUCCUUUUCUGUUGGGGUGGGAUUCCUGCUUUUGCAAUGUUUUCUUUUUUUUUUUUUUUUGUUUUGUUUUUUGAAAGGGCUCUAAGAACUGUUAUGUUUUAAGCACUUCUAUUUAAGUUAUUGUUUUACUUUUCCUCCCCCCAUGUGUGUUUUUAGUGAUUGGACCUGUGGUCCAUUCUAACCUUACACCUACCUACCAUAAUUCAACAGAGUUAGCUCAAUAAAGGCUUGGUUUAAAAACAGACAACAGAAAGCCAUAACCUUUUCACAUGAACACAUAUAGAUAAUUCAUUUUGACCUGGUAACACUGCUGAUAUGUUUUGUACAAGGAUAUAGAUAAUAAUAAUAAUAAUAAAGAAGAAGAAGGGAAAUUGGGACAACCUGUCUACAAAUAAUUUCUUACUACCAAAAGAUUUAUCCUGAGGGUCAGGGUCAAUGAAAUCGUCGUGGUUGGACUUAUCCUGUUAGAUUGUAUGCUUUUAUCUUGCAGUGCUGUGAGGAUGAAUUGGUUGCACUUUUAUUGCCUUCACAACUGUUGGCCUGCAAUGACAUGGCAAACAGCAAUGUAUUACAAUUCUUUCACAAGGGCAUUUUAUCUUUUGAAAAUAACACAAAUGACAAUUGCAUUUGUACCCUUAAUUCGUCAAAGUUGCAAUAUCCAUUUAAAAAUCUUGAGUUGAUUUCCAUGGUAACAGACCCACCCUCCUCUUCUGUGUUGAGUGUUUUUUGAAUGCUACUAGUGCGGCUUGUUUAAGCAAUCUGCUGUGCUCCCUUUGGACCCUGUCCUGUCAUCUACCAUUUUGAUGUCCACCUAUUUUCAAGAAGCGGUUAAGUGUAUAAAACACAAUGAUGCUGGCUUUUCUCAGAUGCCUCACUAAUCUCAUUUUGGAAAAUCUGUAACACACCAAAUCAGCUAAAGCUAGGUCUUGGUCAUUUCUGGAUAGAGGAUGCCCAAAACUGUGUUACAUUCAGGACUGUUACACUGGGCAUCACACAAAGCUUAAUAUUGUUUACGUCCGGGAGUUUAAGAAUUGUCACAACCCUGAACUACUGUACAAAAAAAAAAAAAAGUGUGCACACUUCACAAAUAAUGUUGACUGGUUGAUGGUUGUAAUGGAUUGCACAAAAAAAAACCUAUGGCAUGCUGGGUCGCUAUACUUGCAACACUUUGCAGAGAGAUUGAUGUCAACUGCAUUAUUUCCAUUUAAACCUUUUUUUCCAAACUGUAGAUUGAUUGUAAGUAUAGCCUAGGAUGUUUUGGGAUGAGUGAAUGAGUGUUAACUAGACAUGCUGGCUGAUCAAGAGUCUGUGAUAUGGGUCCAGUGUGGUAAGAGGGUGACCAUGACCUGAUUCGGUUUACAUCUACAAAUGGUUUUAUUUCAGACCCCCUUAUCCUUUUUAUAUAAAAUGUAUUGAUUUAUAAUAAAUAAAAACAGUGUUGAACUUUU